CAGCGAAGAGGCGGCGGCGCUGCCGUCCCUCCCCUCGGAGGCAGGAAGUGGGGCUCGUGACGUUGCAGGGAGGCCAAGCGGGUCCCCUGCUACGAGUGGGGCGCUUUGCUGCUCUCCCGCCCCCCCCCCCCGUUGUUUCCUGCUGCAAGCGAAAGAAGCCCCAAUUUGGGAGGCGCUCCAAGCCCCGCCUCCAUUCCAGGGGGAAAGGAAGAGGGGGCAGAUCGCGCUUUCCUGCGCCUCCCCCCCCCCCGGUUUUCCUUCUUUGGGGGAGGAUUUGGGGAUCAACUCGGCAAGGAUCCACUUUGAUAGCUGGCCUCGUACGCUGAAGCAGGGCCCCCUUUGGGCAAUCCUGGCCCCAUGAACAGAAGCAGCUUUCGAGCUACUUGGUGGUCCUUUGUCCCCUCUUGGAGCUGCCUUUGAGCCCUGGGAGAAAGAUGGAAGUGCGAAGCCCAGUAGGAGAGACAACGGCAGGAGGUCCUUCGGCCGUCCUGGUGAGGAGCAGUGAGGAAAUUGGGGAAAGAACUGGGCCAAAGAUCCUGGGAGCGGAGGAAGUCCACUUGGAUGCCCAGCGCCGGCACUUCAGAGAGUUCCAAUACCAGGAGGCUGAUGGGCCCCGAGAAGUUUGCAGCUGGCUCCACGGCCUUUGCCAUCGGUGGCUGAAGCCAGAAAAGCACACGAAGACACAGAUGCUGGACCUGGUGAUCCUGGAGCAGUUCCUGGCUGUCCUACCCCCAGAGAUGGAGAGCUGGGUCAGGGGAUGCGGGCCAGAGACCAGUUCCCAGGCAGUGGCCCUGGCCGAAGGGUUCCUCUUGAGCCAGGCAGAAGAUGAGAAGCAGGGAGAUCUACAGGUGCGUGACUUGCUGAAAGGGACUUCCAAUUUCCAUGAAUCAAGGAAAGAUUGGUCCAGUACUGUUCAGAAGCAGUUCUUCUGUGGGAUCGUACACAAAGAUCCAGUUUUGGAUGCAUCACUCAGCAACCGAGAGCGGUCCCUGGAGCUCUUUAGACCCUCUCCCCUCAUGGGGAGAGGCAAAGUGCCUGCUUUAUUGCCAGCUCAGGGUCCGGUCUCCUUUGAGGACAUAGCUGUGUGUUUCACAGAAGAGGAGUGGGCUCUGCUGGAUCAGGGCCAGAGGGCUCUGCACGGGGAAGUCCUGCUGGAGAACUACUGGAACGUGGUCUCCCUGGCAGAUCACAGGGGGAGCAGCGAGAAUCAUGAUGAACUAUGCCCAGAAAUGAACAUGCUUCAAAAGAUGGAAGAGAACCAUCGAAAUCCAGAGGAACCAAAACUACAGGAAAGAAUCCAGUUGGAGGAAGAGAGGAAAGACUCUUGCCCAGGGGGUAGCUUCCAUGAAAUUCCUGUUCACCAAGAAAAACAAAACGGAGCAAGAAAACAUGUCUGCCUGGUGUGUGGAAAAAGCUUCAAUCGCAAAUCAGACCUGAAUGUCCAUUGGCGAAUCCACACAGGAGAGAAACCCUACAAAUGCCUGGAGUGUGGAAAGAACUUCAGGCAGUUGGCAAGCCUUUCAUCACAUCAAAGAAUCCACACAGGAGAGAGACCAUAUAAAUGUGCAGAAUGUGGAAAGGGCUUUUAUGACAAGUCAAGUCAUCUUAUACACCAAAGAAUCCACACAGGGGAGAAACCGUACCAGUGCUUGGUCUGCGGAAAAGGCUUCCACCAGAGCUUUGGGCUUACAUCCCAUCAGAGAAUCCACACAGGAGAGAAGCCCUAUGUCUGCUCAGACUGUGGAAAGAGAUUUUACGACAAACCACACCUUGUUAGACACCAAAGAAUCCACACAGGGGAGAAACCAUAUACAUGCUCAGAAUGUGGAAAGAGCUUCAGCCAAAUCACGAGCUAUACUUCCCAUCAAAGAAUCCAUACGGGGGAGAGGCCCUUUAUUUGCUCUGACUGUGGAAAAGCCUUUUAUGACAAAUCAAAUCUUCUUACACACCAAAGAAUACACACAGGAGAGAAGCGAUAUAAAUGCCUGGAGUGUGGAAAGAGUUUCAGUCAGAAAAAAAGUCUCACUUCCCAUCAGAGCAUCCACACGGGUGAGAAACCAUAUCAGUGCCUGGAGUGUGGGAAGAAUUUCAGGCAGCAUACGGACCUUACCUCACAUCAAAAAAUCCACACAGGGGACAGACCCUACCAAUGUCUGGAGUGUGGAAAGAGGUUUUAUAGAAAAGCAGAUCUAAACAGGCACCAAAGAAUUCACCCUGGGGAAGAAAGACCUAUUAUUGCUUGGAGCGUUGAGAUGGCUUCGGACGGUGUGUCAGUGUUGCGCCCGCUUGGAGAGUUCACUCAAGAAAGCCAGGAUAUUGCUUCUGGCAUUAAGCAGGAACUGUAUUGUUAACUCGCCCCUGAUUUGCCGUCAGAGUUCUGCCUAAGCAAAGCACUUCGCCUCCUGCAGAGAAACACUUGGCAGCAUGGAAAGGGCAUCAGACAGAGCAAAUGUUGAGUUUUCUGACUGUGUACGAGUGAGACAUUUCUUGGCCGUGCAGCCUCUCAGAGGUCUUCUCCUCUUGGAGAACCCCACAACCACUUUCCAAAGAUUAUGAGCCAGCAAGCUUACAUAUGCUUCUGUUUGUUUUCAUUGUGCCUUAUUUCCCUACCUACAUUUCUCUCUUCCCAAAUACACGCAGAAUGCUUGCUUUCUUUUGGUAGAAACCAUUACCUUGAUUGAGCUUGGCUUCAGUUUGCCCUGCUUUUCCAGCUGUUGUUAGAUGAGAUGCACAGUGAACUAGGUGGUGGUAGUUUGGAUGGUGGAUUUGGAAGUGUCUAGAAUUAGCUUUAUAUAGGUCAAGCUUGACCUAUGCACAGCAAUUCCACUGCACAGAGCCUGGAGACUAAGGAUGUCAAGAGCCAGUGUGCUGUAGCUGGACUGAGACUUGGAAAAACCAGGUUUCGGCCCCACUCAGUCAUGAAGCUCCCUGGCUCCCUGAUUCUUGGCCUAACCUACCUCAGAGGGUUGUUGUGAGGGUAAAAUGGAGAGGAGGAAGAAGAGGGCUAUGCAAACUGCCUGGGUUUUAUUUGCAGGAAAAUAAGAGAAUUAAAAUUAAUGCAUAUUGGGUUCAUUAAAAAACAAAGAAGCUCUCUGGAUGCAUAAUCUCAAGGGCACAGAUCAGGGAAAGUUGCUGAAGGGAAAACCUUGCUUUAUAUUCUUGUACAAAAGGCAGAGCCUUUUCUUUGUCAAAGCAGGAAAGUAAAAAUAAAACCCACAGUCAAAAGCUGCAAUAGAAGCAACAUGUCACAAGAAAUAACAAGUUUUCAGAUUCGUCAGGAAUCUUAGGCCAGAUGUGAGAUCAAACAGUGGGACCUGCAUGGUUUGAGUAAAGCUUGAGAAAGAACCGAGUAAUUGCUGAAAUUUACAUUUUCCCCAGAUGCAGCAACUUUCAUUGUUGCUUGGUUUUAGGAAUAGUUCUGCAAGCAUCGUGCGCUCUAAUUUACUCUUUGGCAGGCUGCUCCAAUUACAAAUACAUGAAUUUUCAUUUGUGUUCUAGCAUGUGAUUAUUAAAAAUGGCAGACCUGGAGAGAAACUAUCCCAGGCCCAGCUUUUUCACUUCAUGCUUGCCAGCACUUCUGUUUCACAUCUGAAGAUUCCUGCAGAACUCCAGAGUCUGCUCAUCUCCCUUGACAUUUGUGUUAGCCCUACUCAGACUAUUGCAUUACUGCAAGUUCCCUUUUUCUGGUCUUUGGUUCUUUUUUCUUUUGCACUUACAUUUUUAUCGAAUGUUUUCAUGUUUUUCUAAGAAAAGGAUGAAACGUCUUUGGCAGAAGCAAGACUGCAAGAUCAGUGCAAUCCUACACAUGCUCUGCUCAGGUACCACUCUCCACUGAAUCCAGUGGGAUUUAAGUAAGGAUGCAUGGAAUUUCAGCCUAUAUUGGAGCUGAUAGUUUAGGGCAUGGGUCCUCAUACUAUGGCCUGGGGGCCGGAUCCAGCCUGCCAUGCCCAUUUGGACCUGCUGCACACACGCCCAUGCGAGCACCCGCCACGGCCCACCUCACCCCACACGCAGGAGGCAGUUUGCUUGCUCAGAGAAAACGAUCUCCAAGUGAGCAAGCUGCUGCCUUGUGCGCCUUCCUCAUGGCGCAUGCCCGCCCCUGCCUCAUCUUGCCUCCCCUCGCUGUGUGUGCCUGCCUAUGCUUCACUGCGCACCCUGCCUCAGCGUGCACGCCUACACGCGCCACCCCCGCCACCUCACCAGCCCACAAGCAUGACCAGGCACCACCUUUCUGGCCUCGGCAGCUUUCAACUGGCCCCCUGGUCAAAAAGCCUGAGGACCCCUGGUUUAGGGCCAUGAGAUGGCAGGCCAUGCAUCAAGCUUGUUAGUCUAAUUUCUAUUUUUAUUUUAUCAUGGGAUGGUAUAGAAAAGUUUUGAUUAAUUAAAAUAAGCUUCAUUCUUUUGGUUCCUUACCAACAUCUGGUUAGAACAAGAAGGUUUUUUCCUCUGGCUGUGGCUGGAGAUACUUUUGAACUCCCCACCCAGAGAGGUUCAUUUUAACCCCUCUUUCUUGAUCCUUCUACCAGAUAGUUAAAAUCUUCCUUUUAGAUUUUAAUAUUUGAGGAACACCUUUGGCCUUUAAGGCUGAAUGUUGUUGCUUGCUUGGCCAUAACUGGUAUGCAAUCCUUUUUCACUUGUACAAUUUUUAAGGUGGAUUAUGUUGGCUUAAUACUUUUGUUAAUCUUUUAAAUAUUUCUCUUCUGUCUUUACCAUAGAUAACUGCCCUUUCUAUUGUAUUUUAUUACCUUUUGUUAGCUGUGCUCCAAAUGAUAUGAGGAGGGCAGACGUAAAAAGUUUUAAAUGAAUAAAUUGCAUAAUGGAUAAUGUCUGGUAA